AUGGCAGCCGAGUCGGAGGGUGCUGCCGCCCCACCGCCAAGCCCACGGGUCGCAAGCAAGGCCUCGGCGGCCGACCAGUCCACAGGAACAUCGGUGCACUCCCGUGCGGCUUUGCAGCGGAUCUUCGAGAAGUACGGCGGCGACCAUGCGCAGAGCCGCAAGCUCACCGCAGUGCUGGAAUCUGCAGCCCCGCAUGCCCUGCCCAGGGAGCGCCCGAAUCCGAAACGGGCCUGGGCUCGUUUCCAGCUCGAGCCAUCCGGUGCACGGGAAGGCCCAGGCCUGGGACCGGAAGUGCUGAAUCGCCUUACGAGCGAGGUUCCGGGGUCCACAUUGACUCCCUAUGGUGUCGGGGUUCUCGAGAGCGAGGCCGACGACCGGGGUAUGGUCCGGGUUCGCUUCCCCUGGGGCCGCGCGGAGCUCCGCGCCAAAGAUGCCACCAGGGAGCGGCGAGCGCUUCUGAGGCGAAGUUUGUUUUCUCUCUCUUCCUUGCUGGUGGUGCUGAUCAAGGCACUCGGCCAGGUGCCCUGGCACCCAGACAGGGCCCGAGAGGGACCUUUGGAGAAGGAUGCGUGCUCUGCCUUCUCUCUGAUUUUAAAACAGGGAGAAGAGACUUGGGCAGGCCUGGGCAUCAUGAAGGGCCUCGUCGCCUGGCUGGAGGAGGCAGCAAUGUAUCCACAGCCCACGCACCGCGAGGAGCUGCUGGACCUGGCGCUGCUGCUCAGCGCCGUCGUGCGGACACGCGCGGAGCUCCUGAGGCUGGACGGCGUCUCCACCCACCCGCAGCUGCAGGCUGAGCUUUUGGCGGCCGAUGCGCUGCGGAUCCACCUGGGGCUGCUGGAGCGGCUCUCCAGGACGCCGGCGCCGCCCGGGGGUCUGGCAGAGACCUGCCGCGUGUGGAGAGAGGUGCUUGAAAGGCUCGGCGCAGAGAGCGCCAAGCCGGGAGGCGCGUGGCGCCUCGUUCGUCCCGGGGCGAAGGUCAUCGAUCCUCUCAGUGAAGAGGAGCUGCUGGCCUCGCUUCCUGCCUCCAGUCGGCCGUAUGCAAGGCCUGCGGCACGCGAUAUGGGGGUUGGCCGCAAGAGAUCGGGAGAUCACCAGCGUCAAGGCCCGGCCACGACCACUCUCCGCCGGGCUGGGGACAGGUCCAAGAAGAGGGCGUAG